AUUUCAAAUUGAUAAAAUGUAAAAGGACCAGUGUUUCACAUGUCACGUUUUUGUUUUGUUUGGCAGGAAAGUCUGAAAGGGUGUUACACAACUGUAGUGGUGAAAGUCCAGGGUUAAACAUUUGAAUAAAUUUCCACUCCCAUAUGCCACAUUCUUGUUUGUAGAAUAUGCAUGAAGUCUUCUUUGUUGCCAGAACUGAAUAACACAUUUGUCCACGUGAUAAGCUAACUAGCAGUAUACGCUAGCUAACUGUUAACUUCAUCAGUGACAAUUUAACAAGAAUUCACAUCCAAGCUCAUAGCUGUGAAAAGCAAAGCUUUAAUUUUAUACCUUCUUCAUUUCUUCAAAUUUUACGCAAAUAUCCACUUGGCCUCAAGGACAAGAAGACAAUUGGUUAACAUACUGAUGGUUCACUUGAUAAUCAUGGGUAGGUGUGUUUCAUAAUCUUUUUAUUCAUGCCAAAAAGCUGCAUGGCUAUUGCAUAAAUCUAGGUUAAGAUUUGAAUAUUUCCACUCAAGCAAUCUAAGAGUAUGCUGCUGAUAUAGUGAUGCUGUUCCCUUCCCCCAAGCAUCCAUAUACCUAGAAAGGCUAUGUAAUCAUUAUUAUUGAUUGCAUGACUCUUCAUGUCAUUUUUGCAUGUUGUGACACAAAGCUGUGUGCAUGUCAUUUGACAUUUGAAUUCAGAGAUUUCUCAUGAGCUGCAUGUGAUGACAAUUUUUUUUUUUUUUUUUCAUUUCAGGAACAUUUCUAUGAUGCUGCAAGCAGAACAGGAUGCAUUUUCUGGUUUCUGAAAACAGUGCAAAGGAAGAUUCAUAGAUCUGCACUGCCACCAAAUAUCUCCAUUGACUUUUCUCCAGGAUGUCCAAAUUUCCAAAGGACUAACAAUGUUUAAAGGUAGCUUGAUGGGAUGCUUGAGGUCCUCUCCACCCUCCCAAGAUUCCUGGAUACAGGAGGAUUGCUAAAUUUGGAAUGAGAUGUUUACAAUGGCUUGAAGUUUCUUUCUUAUCAAGAUUUCACUCUCCUAUUUGCUGAUGAGAUAUCCUCCAGGCUGCUUCUGAAAUGGGAUAUGUUUUUAAAGCCAAAUGUCAUAAAAGAAGCUAAGGGGCUCACUUCAACACCAGAAUUGUCACUUGGUGCAGUCAGCAGAAAUUCCCCAGGAAGUGAUCUUGAUGAGGAAGCAAGUGAGUUGAAUUUCUGUUUUAAAGCAUUUCCUAUAGUUAGUUAUUGAAGUAUUUUCAUGUUUGUAAUAAUUAUUCAUUUGAUGAUACCUGAUCUUCUGGAGGAUGUGGCCCAGUAUGAGAUCAUAUUGCUUUUUGAAUCUCACACACUUCAUAUGGGAAAAAGUCGUUUUCCCGGAUUUAUAGUUUUCAUUAUGGAUAUUCUGAACAAAAAAAAUGUCCCACAACGAUUUGAGUGUUGGCAAUGGCAUUGGUUUGAAUUCUAUUCAGACAUUGUCUUCUGAAAAACAUCCCAUUGUUAUUUGGUGACAUUAUUACAGGAAACAAAAACUGGAAUUUGUUGCUGUUUUUUCUUCAAAUAAUGAACAUUUUUUCACCUUCAAAAAGCCGUUUGAUGUUCAAAGCUCAUACAAUGUUUCAGAAAAAAGUUUGUACAUUGUCAUUCACAAUGUUUUAAUUAAACUAUAUAAAUGACUGGAAGUGACAAAAUAAAUGUUUUUGAAAAAUACCUUGUUUAUUGGAGUCAAUUAUAAUUAAAAUUUUCAGUGUAGAUAGCUUGACACUUUAGUAGAUGACACUAACACUACCCAAAUAGUUAAGUGUUACGGGUCUAAUGUGUCCCCUACUGUUAUAUAACUUUCUGUGCGUUAAAGAAGGAACUCUGGCACAGUGGUAAUAUUUAACUAUUCUGAAAGUGUUAAUCUACUCUGGAAAAUGUGGAGUAUCAUAAACCCUGUGUUGAAAUCAACUGUAUGGGUGUUAAUUCAACUCUGCACUUUUUGCUGUGAGCAUUUCAUCCUUCUUAAAGAAGGAACACAUCCGUUUUUUUUUUUUAUAGUACAGGGAUGACACCCUCAGAGAGCACAGAGAGACUCUUUCUGCAGAUUCUUUGGGACUGGUUAAGAGAAUGGACAAGCCUCCUCAGAUCACCAUGUUUUCCAGUUUUGUUCUCUCUCAGCGUUUAUAUGUGCUGCUGCUUUCCUUAUAUCUGUCUGGAUCUGCUCUGCUCCAGACUGGCACUGGUACGUCGCUUCAAGAUCCAGCCUCAAAGCAAAGUGACAUGGGCAGCGACUUGGAGGUGCUUGUGCAAGAUUUCCCGCAACCACGUAUGUUUUAUUUUCCCCCUCUCCGUUGUGCACUGGUACUGGAAGCCUGUGGUUUCUCCCCCUGUGGCACCUGCAAUGCUAGCUGUUGUUAAAGAUGUACUGGCUUGCUUACUCCUGUUCGACACGCAGUACUUUUUUUGGCAUCUGCUGCAUCACAAAGUGUACUGGCUCUACCGUUUCUUCCACAAGGAGCACCACGUCUACACGGCCACCUUCUCCCUGACGACGGAGGACACAAGUGUCUGGGAGAUGCUGAGCCUCAGUUUCUUCACAACACUGAACCCUGUGCUCCUCGACUGCCAUCCGCUCACGGAGAUGCUCUUCUUCAUCGCUAACAUUUAUCUGUCUGUGGAGGCUCACUCGGGCUAUGAAUUUCCCUGGUCUCCACACAGACUGGUGCCCUUUGGCCUCUACGGAGGCGCUCAGCAUCAUGAUCUCCACCACCUCAAAUUCAAAGUGAACUAUGCGCCGUACUUCACGCACUGGGACAGACUUUUUGGCACACUGCACACACAGAAAAAGUCAAGAAACACAGAGACUUUAAAGAGGAUGUGUUUAUCAGAUUCUGCAACGACUGAUGAAGACUGACUUUGAUUUAAAUUUGUUUUAAUCUAAAUAUGUACAAGUAUGAAUAAUAGAUGCCAAAAGAUGCUGAGAUUUUUAGUCAUGCUCCAAAAAUGUACUAUUGGCACAAUACUAUAGCAUUAUUGUAA